AUGGGCGUUCCGCCAGGUUCGCAAGUAGCUCCACUUCCGAGCAAUCUACCCUUUCGACUCGUCUCAAAGACGAUUGGGUCCGGCGCAUAUGCAUCCAUCCGCAAGGCGGUUCCCAAAGACAAGCCGAAGCCCGUCAUCGCCGUCAAGUUCAUCAACAAAGAGCACGCCUUUAGAGUAGGUCGACUACGACCCAAGCAGAUUGAGCUCGAGAUCAGUCUGCAUCGCCAAGUGUCGGGCCACGCCAACAUUAUCCGUUUCCUAUCGCAUGGUGAUGAUCAGUCAUGGAUCUGGAUCGCCAUGGAAUUGGCAGAGGGCGGCGACCUGUUUGACAAGAUCGAGGCCGACGAAGGUGUAGGCGAGGACAUUGCCCACUUUUAUUUCAAGCAGCUCGUCAAUGCCAUCUCCUGGUGUCACGGCAAAGGCGUGGCGCAUAGAGACAUCAAGCCUGAGAACAUGCUGCUGACGGCGAAUGGCGACUUGAAGCUAGCCGACUUUGGCCUUGCAACAAACUUCCUCAAUCUCAAGACCGGAGACACCAAAAUGUGCGGUCUGGUCUGUGGAAGUCCACCUUACAUUGCCCCCGAAAUUAUCCAGGUCGGUCACGCAAAUCAAAAGAGGAAGCAUGGCGAAGACAAGUUUGGCUACUGUCCCAACAUUUCGGAUAUUUGGAGCUGCGCCAUCGUGCUGUUUGUACUGUUGGUGGGCAACACUCCUUGGGAUCAACCCGAGCCACGCAAGAGUGAGGAAUUCUACCAUUUUUGCGAGACACAAGGACGCCCUGAGGACGAGCUGUGGGAAAAGAUACCCUCUGAGGCACUGAGUCUGCUUCGAGGUAUGCUCAAGGUUGACGUACUCGAACGCUUCAAGCUGGACGAUAUCCGCAUCCAUUCAUGGUACACGCGUCCAAACAAGUUUAUGAAUUCAAAAGGCACCGUCUCGGACUCGGUCAGUCUGGCUACCAACAUGAUUGAGCGCCUACACAUCGACUUUACCACCGUUCCUGAUUCGUCCCAGAGCCAGGAGCCACCUAAACAGGUCGAGUCGCAGCCUGCACCUGCUCUUAUUUCCACCCAGCCCGUCACGCCAGCCUUUGACCAACCCUUCGAUUGGGAAGCUCCACCACGUUUGGCAGGACUCACGGCUUCUCAGCCCGUAACCGCACACGACUCUUCUCGCGUUGCCGUCACUCACGACCUCAUCGCCGCUCAGCUCUCCCAAGAACCGCACAUGACCCAGUUCAGUCAAAACCACAGCGUGCCUCUAUCUUUGACACAGAACGCGCGACGCUUCCGUGACAUCGUACCCGCACAAUCUCUUGCACGCUUCUACUCCUACCAGGCCCUGCCUCAGCUGUUGGGCACAGUACGCAGCGCCCUGCACACACUAAACGUGCCCAUUCACGCCGCUACCGCCGCCGACGACAAGGCCAAACAAGCCUACAUACGCAUCCGCAUGAGCGAUGGUCGCAAGCAAGGACUCAGCGGUAACGUGGUCCUCGAGUCCAUCACCGAAGACGGCCUUGUGGAGGUCAGAUUCGUCAAAGCAAAGGGCGAUCCACUCGAAUGGCGUAGGUUGUUCAAGCGGGUUGCUGUGCUGUGUCGCGAUGCGAUUCUCAUGCCUAGAGAGUAA